AUGUCGGCGCCCACGCCGACUCCCGACCACCCUGACCUGGGAAAACCUCAGUUCUCCUCCCACACUUGGCUGGAACCUCUGGUCGUAGUGAGCAUCAUGAUUGGCUCUUUGAUCCUCAACCGCCGGAAAAACUACGAUGUGUUUGGGGGAGAGAACAGCUCCAAAGCCGUCCCGACGUCACCUCGUGAGUUUGAGGACGAGGAAGACAGAGAACAGAAAGAGGUCUUCUGCGGCGUUCCAAUCAGAAUUCCGGACUCAUCGCGCUGGCGCAAUCACAUCCACAGCCGGAUUCUGUGGAAAUUCCCUUUCCUGGUGGAAAUGUUCUAUUGGAUUCUCAAUUAUCUCUUCUACUCCGUCACCAAGGCCACCUCGCAGUGGCUGCUUCCCGCGCAGGUCGGUGUCGUCGACGUCGCCCAGAACCACGCCAUUAGCAUCCUCAACUUCGAACAUGAGUCGUUCUUCCGAUUCUUCUUUCCUAUCCAGGAAUCCGAUUUCCAAUGGUUCUUCCUCUCCAACCAUCCUAAUAUCAUGACCUUUUUUAAUCGCAUCUACUCCCUCGUGCAUAUUCCCGGUACCGUCCUGUUCCUUUCCUGGUACUAUCACGAAGCGCCCAAUGCCAACACCUUCGCCCUGGCCCGUCGGACCAUGACGCUCGGGAACUUCCUCGCGUUCGCAACCUUCUGCGUCUAUCCUUGCAUGCCACCCCGACUGCUCCCCGAAUCCUUCAACUUCUACGACACUGUACGCCAGGAACAUGCCGAGAGCGUGUGGGUCGACAGCAAAUCAGUGAACCAGUUCGCCGCUAUGCCCAGUCUGCACUUCACCUACGCCUUUGUCAUUAGCUGCACCCUGCUCUACCACUCCGAGAUCCUGCGUCGCAUCCGUGGGAAGCCUGUACGAAAGUCCACCUUCAUGCAGUGUGUCUACGUCGCUCUAGCCGUCGCCUACUCCCUGCUUGUCCUCAGUGUAAUUGUCGCCACGGCCAACCACUACUGGCUGGAUGCCGUCAUGGCCAUGAUCUCCGUUUCUUUCUGUUUCUGUUUCAACCGCGUCCUACUGCUGCUGUUGCCGCUUGAGUACUGUUUCUGCUGGGUGCUCCGAUUGGCAAAGCCAGCGCCGAAUGUUGGUAAGCAGGUUGACGACAACGAUGCGGAUGCACACCGGUAUCGCCCGGUCUCGAAUUACGAGUAUGUGUGA